AUGCGGGGCUCCCGUGCGCAUACACUACAACGCCGAUUUGGCAAAGACGUUGUAAUAUUGAAAGAGGGCGAACGAAUAUGCGGUAUUGGAGGCUCAAUCGCCACUGUUCCAAUUGUGCAGAAUAAAGCAUAUUUUCAUGUGACGAUUCAACAGACUGGAGUGUGGGGUGUUGGUCUCGGACACAAACAAACGCCAUUGGACAAAGUACCAAUAACCAACCAAUUCUGGGGAGUCCGAGAGAAUGGGGACAUAGUGAAAUGCGAAGAGGUUAUUGGAAAAAUGCCAAAAACUGUUGAAGAAGGAGAUGUGGUGGGAUUCACGUAUGAUCACGUCGAGCUUCAUAUCUACGUAAAUGGCAUUGAUAUAGGGCAAACAAUUACGGGAAUCAAAGGACCGGUGUACCCAUUAAUCUACGUUGACGAAUCGGCCAUAAUCGAUAUCAAGUUCAAAAAUUUUGUGAUUGAGCCUCCAGCUGGAUUCACUGAGAUUCUUGUCGAGCAAACAAUCCUUUAA